AUGUCCAAAUACACGUCCACUCGCGAAGGCUUCCAGGAAGCCCUGAAUUGGAGCCUUAACGGCCCGCCGGAAGAGGCCAGGCUCUAUGCCGAGGCCAUCACUGUGCCCACCUUCCACGAGGUUCUAAACGGCAAGGAGCUGUCGUACGACGACUUCGUCAAGGGACUUGCCGAGUGGAGGAAGACGAUCACCGACUAUAAGGCGACUCUCCACGAAUUCCUCCGAGACGGUGAUCAGCUGGCGGCCCACGUAACAGGCAUGAUGAAGGUUGGCGGGGCGGAUAUGAGCUUUGAGGCCUUCAUAUUUGCCAAAAUUGACAAGGAGAGCGGGAGGAUGGCAUCGCUGGUGGAACGUUCUGUUUCGGGACCUGUGGGUCAAGAACCAGUGCAUGGUGUGAACUGA